CUAAAGCUGGAGCUGGGAACCGAGAGAUUCGAAACAUCGACGGUCAUUUUCCUCGGAGAUCUGUGUGACCGAGGUCCAGAAACAUCAGGGGUGUUCAAUUUCUUGUCUUCCCUCAAGGACAAGCACCCAAGACAAGAUGUGAGGCAUCUCGCUGGGAACCACGACUUUGCGUUCGCCACCUUCCUCGGUCUUAUUCCAAUCACGGACGGAGCUGUGGAAGAGGGAGAGUUUAAACCUCGCCGAGCGGAAUACCCUUUAUGGGAAGACUCAUCCAGUAAACAAGCACAUCUUGGAAUGCAUUUGCAGGGUCGGCGUUGGGGCGCCUUCUCGAGGGAGGGUUUCAAUGACGGCAUCAACGCAUUUGACAGUCACACGACGUUCACUUCUUACUCUGCUGCUCCCGGUGACCGCGAAGAUCUCCUGAAGAAGGUGCCCGUGGAGCAUAAGAAAAUACUAGAGUCGCUAGAAUUCGUUGUUGAAGUGGAAGACGCAGAAGAGCAUGGGAAGAAGCUGGUUGCCGUGCACGCCGGUUUGGAGACUGAUUGUCCGUUUGAUGUUCAGAUGACAGCUCUGCGGCAAAGGAGAGUGAACCAAGCUUGGGUGGAGGCACUUCAGGGGAGGGCGAACGUCAUGAAUCUUCCUGAGGACACGCCCGAAGAUGUGAUAAUUGCCAGUGGACAUCACGGUAUCCUUGAGAUGCGGGACCGGCGUAUAAUCAUCGACGGAUGUGGUGGUCAUCGUGAGAAUCGACUUGCUGCGGUUAUCCUCCCUGAAAGGAAGGUUGUGAGGUCUUCUUCAUGA